CUCUGUGCACACCCCCCCCCCCCCCAACAGCUGGUGGUGAAAGGUGGCCGGAAGGAAGAGAGGGUUCACCUACCUGGCCAGCAGAUGACCCUCAAGAUCGAGGGGGACCACGGGGCCCGAGUGGGGCUCGUGGUGGUGGACAAGGGCGUGUUCGUGCUGAACAAGAAGAAUAAGUUAACUCAAAGCAAGAUCUGGAACACGGUGGAGAAGGCUGACAUCGGCUGCACUCCAGGCAGCGGGAAGGACUAUGCCGGCGUCUUCACGGACGCAGGGCUGGCCUUCCAGACCAACACAAACCUGCAGACCCCGGAUAGGACAGAUCCCGAGUGCCCCAAACCAGAUGCCUGGCGCCGCCGCUCGGUGAUGCUCAUGGAGAAGAGGAUGGACAAAGCGGGUCAGUACCCAAAGCAGCUGCGCAAGUGCUGUGAACAUGGUAUGCGGGAGAACCCCAGGAAGUUCUCGUGCGAGCGCAAGGCCGGGUUGGUCCAGCACGAGGCCUCGUGCGUGAAGGCCUUCCUGGACUGUUGCAACCGCAUCGGCAGUACCCACAGUGCCCCCCUGGGCCUGACCCAGAGGAUCUGCGUGGCUGACCCCUAUGAGGUCACGGUGAUGCAAGACUUCUUCAUCGACCUGCGGCUACCCUACUCUGUC